CUGGUUUUGUACCACUGGACACAGUCUUUCAGCUCGCAAAAGCCCUUUCUCCCUGGCCUCUUGCCCCAGGUGCGGCUGGUCAUCGCUGAGAAGGGGCUGCCCUGCGAGGAGAGGGAUGUCAGCAUGCCCCUGAUGGAGCACAAGGAGCCCUGGUUCAUGCGGCUCAACCUGGGGGAGGAGGUGCCUGUCAUCAUCCACAGGGACAACAUCAUCAGCGACUACAACCAGAUCAUCGACUACAUGGAGAAGAACUUCACGGGAGAGAACGUCACGCAGCUGAUCCCUGAGCCGGGCAGCCUGCUGCACUCCCGGGUGCUGCAGUACCGGGAGCUGCUGGACUCCCUCCCCAUGGACGCCUACACACACGGCUGCAUCCUGCACCCCGAGCUCACCACCGACUCCAUGAUCCCAAAGUACGCCACCACUGAGAUCCGCAGACAUUUAGCUAAUGCCAGCAUGGAUCUGAUGAAGCUGGACCACGAAGAGGAGCCACAGCUAUCCGAGCCCUACCUCUCCAAGCAGAAGAAGCUAAUGGCCAAGAUCCUGGAGCAUGAUAAUGUGAACUACUUGAAGAAGAUCCUUGGAGAACUGGGGAUGGUGCUAGACCAGAUCGAGGCCGAGCUGGAGAAGCGGAAACUGGAGUACCAAGGGCAGAAGUGUGAACUUUGGCUCUGUGGAUGUGUCUUUACUUUGGCUGAUGUCUUGUUAGGAGCCACCCUGCACCGCCUCAAGUUUCUGGGACUCUCUAAGAAAUACUGGGAAGAUGGCAGCAGACCUAACCUACAGUCCUUCUUCGACAGGAUACAGAAACGCUUCGCCUUCAGGAAAGUUUUGGGAGACAUACACACCACACUGCUCUCUGCAGUGGUACCCAAUGCCUUCAGGCUGGUCAAGCGGAAACCUCCCUCCUUCCUCGGAGCCUCCUUCCUGAUGGGAUCUCUGGGGGGAAUGGGAUAUUUUGCUUAUUGGUACUUAAAGAAAAAAUACAUCUAGUGCUGACUGCUUGGUGUUUAGUUUGGUGUCUCUGUGCUGUGUGAAAUUAUGAUGAAGCCUCAGUAACUGUAAUGAAAUUUGAAGCAAGGUAAUGAAUAAUUAUAUUGUUUAAUGUAACAUUCCAUAGUCUAGAAGUAGAAACCUAUACUGCAAGGAAAUACAACAAAAACAACAA